AUGGUGGACCAUAAAGAAAUAUUACGACCACUUUCGAGCACUCCAGAUGGUGUCGGCUAUCACAUCGCACAUCAACUCGCACUCAAGGGGGCAAAAGUCUACAUCGGCGCCCGCAAUCUCCAAAAAGCAACAAAAGCCAUCAGAACCAUGCUUUCCGAGUCACCACAGCUAAAACCCGAAUCUCUGGUUCCAUUUGCCGCCGAUAUGGGAAAUUUCAAACAAGUGCAAUUUGCGGCAAGAAAAGUUGUUGUAGAAGAGCCCCGGCUUGAUAUAUUGGUCAAUAACGCCGCUGUUCUCGCUAGACCUCUCGAUAAAGACGGCAAUGGCAUUUCAGUCUCAUUUGGUAUUAAUCAUCUGGGCCCGUUUCUUCUGACCAGGGAGUUGUUACCGCUGCUUAACAAAACUCAGGCUGAACAUCCUGGGGUGCGGAUUGUGAAUGUUGCUUCGACAGCUCACUACGAUGUUCCGACGGGUGCAAAGUUUGGUUCGCUAGAGGACUUUAACACUACCUACGGGAGCGAGGAUGAACCGUUCGCUAAUUAUCUUCGAUAUGGCUACUCCAAACUCGCAAGCAUUCUUCACACCAAAGAACUUCAGCGCCGAUUUGACCAGCAAGGCAUCGAUAUUCUUGCACUCAGUGUCCACCCUGGAGGAGUGGCAACAAAUGGAGCGGUAACAUAUCUUGGAGGUAGAGACAACGACGCAUUCCGAUCGAACCUCUCACCUUUCGAAGGUGCUAUCACCCCUCUGUUUGCUGCUGCUCACCCGGAACCAGCUCAACAAAGAGACAAGUAUGCUGGGUCUUUUAUCAUGCCGUUUGGUGGGCUGAAAGAACCAACUGAGGACGCAAAUAACGCUGAGUUGGCGAAGCAACUCUGGAAAGCGUCUGAGAAGGUGGUUAGUAGUGUGUUGGACUGUUUUAUUUGGGAUAGCAUAUUGAUGCCGAUGGGGGGCAUUUUCAAUAUUGGGCAAAAGACAUAG